GCAGGGUGGGGAGUAUGGCAAACUUGGAAUCUCAAGAGAGAAUCUUAUCAUGGGAUGUACUGUCUCCAUUAUAACAGGAGAUGAACUUUGAGGACGUGGCCAUUGCCUUCUCGCAGGAGGAGUGGGGGCUCCUUGACGAUGCUCAGAGACAUCUGUACUGUGAUGUGAUGCUGGAAGUGUUUGCACUUGUAUCAUUCGUAGGUCAUUGGCAUAAGAUGGAUGAUGUAGAGGCCUAUUCUGAGCACAGUGUAUCUGUAGGAGAUUCUCUGGUCAGGGCUUCCAAGACAGCUGCAGCCACCCAGAGGACCCAUCUGUGUAAGCCAUGCUUCUCAGUGUUAAAAGAUAUUUUGCACCUGAGUGAGUUACAAGUCGUUUACUUUGAGAAGAAUGUAGGUCUCUGCUCUGGAGAUAUAACUUACGAGUAUAAUAAAUGUGGGAAAGUGUUUAGACGAAUGUUCAACCACCUUCAACACGGGAGAGUUCACACUAGAGAAGAGCCCUACGAGUGUACUGAUUGUGGGAAAGUCUUCAGCGAAAGCACUGCUCUCAUUAAACACAACAGAGUUCACAUUAGAGAUAAACAGUACAAGUGUAGGCACUGUGGGAAGUCCUUUAGUGUAAGGUGCGACUUCACUAGACACCUUAGAGUUAACACUGGAGAAAAGCCAUAUGAGUGUAGUGAAUGUGGGAAGUCCUUUAGUCAAAGCAGUGACCUCACUAGACACCACAGAGUUCACACUGGAGAAAAGCCAUAUGAGUGUAGAGAAUGUGGGAAGCAUUUCCGUCAAUGGUCUCACCUCACCAGACACCACAGAAUUCACACUGGAGAAAAGCCAUAUGAGUGUAGUGAAUGUGGGAAGCAUUUCAUUGAAAGGGCUGCCCUCACUAGACACCACAGAGUUCACACUGGAGAAAAGCCAUUUGAGUGUAGUGAAUGUGGGAAGCAUUUCAUUGAAAGGGCUGCCCUCACUACACACCACAGAGUUCACACUGGAGAAAAGCCAUUUGAGUGUAGUGAAUGUGGGAAGCAUUUCAUUGAAAGGGCUGCCCUCACUAGACACCACAGAGUUCACACUGGAGAAAAGCCAUUUGAGUGUAGUGAAUGUGGGAAGCAUUUCAUUGAAAGGGCUUCUCUCACUAAACACCACAGAGUUCACACUGGAUUAAAACCCUAUGAGUGUCGUGAAUGUGGGAAGUCCUUCAGUGAAAGAUCUCACCUCACUAGACACCACAGAGUUCACACUGGAGAAAAGCCAUAAAUGUGCAGGGAAUGUUUUAUUUUUCUCACUUAUUAUAAGAACACUUAAGGGGCUCUAUGGCACUGUUUAUAUGAAUGUAAAUCCCUUUUAUGGGAACAUACACCCUGCUAGA